AAAUGUGACGAUUGUAUUUGUGUAUGGUUUUUAAGACGUGAUGGCUGUAAAAAGGGUUGAAUUUUGAUUUGACUGUCGAACUUGUUUAAAUUGGCCUACUCCGGCCGGCCGGAAUGAAUGGGUUAGGAAUCAGCUGAUCGGCAGCCCUGACUACUACGGCAAAUAACUUCCGCUCCGAUCACGCCGCCCGACAGCAUCAGCCGGAAACGGGGUAGAAACAUUUUCGACGAGUGCACCCCCGGCAUUGAGAAAAGGGGUCGAAUUUUGUAAUUUUUUCUCCGUCCCGAUUUUUGAAAAGAGGGUCGUGGACGGAUGUGUGAAUGGAGGCGUUUUAUGGUGUCGAGAUAUCGUGUGGGCAGAGUGCGCGCUGCCCGGUGCGCAGACCUUCGUCCGACUCAGUAGAGGUCGUACUUCCCGUGAGCCGUCCCUCAUCACGCCGGCAAAUGCGUUCCGAAAUCCGCGAACGUCUGUCGCCCGGGCGGUCCUCGUCCUAGGAGAGCGGGGUCUCGCCGUGUCGGUCGAGGCUCGCCGCCGGUUUUUCCUUCGGGACGCAGCGACAUCGCACGGGUCCCAUUGAGUGGAAGACGGGGGAUCAAUACGAAGCCGUGACGUCACCUCGCCCCAGGAGCCGGAUUGGGCACUCGCCUUAUUCCCCCCGUGCCUGGUGAAUGAGUAAUUUUCGAUGGGGCGGAGUUGUCGGGCUGCGGAGCGGGAGUCGUCGGCGAGGUGCGUUCGGGUGGAGAUGUAACUCUGGCGAGGGCCAUGUCGCCGCCUCCAUCCAGGCAUGUUGCUAACACUGCAGCGCCCGCUAGACUCCCUUAAGAGCAUGGCUGAAGGUGGGCCCGAUCUCUCCCACCUCACUCCCGAGGAGAGGCACAUCAUAGAGUCUGUCAUGAUGAGGCACCAACAAGAAGAAAUGAAGGAGCACGAGAUCAUGAGGAGGAAACAGGACGAAGUAGAAGUGCUGGAAGAGACGAUUCGGCAACGGAACGAGCAGCACAAAAAAGCCGGAAUGGAGCUGGACGCGACAUGUCACAUCUGCUUGAAGACUAAGUUCGCCGACGGGGUCGGCCACGUGUGCAACUACUGCAGCAUCAGGUGCUGCGCCCGCUGCGGCGGCAAGGUCACCCUCAGGUCCAACAAGGUAAUCUGGGUGUGCAUUCUCUGCCGUAAGAAGCAGGAGCUGCUGAGCAAGACCGGCCAAUGGAUCAACAAAGGGAUGCACGGCGGAGACCCCGUCAUGAGGCGGAUAGAAGCGGACAUGCAGUCGGGAACACUCAUGGACAAGCGGCCGAAGCUGGAGCGGGCACACAGCGCCGCAGAAAAGGAGAACCAGCCCCUCGUGAGGACGGGGAGCAUGCUGAGGAGGCAGUACUCGCAGCAAGACCAAGCGCGAGAAGAAGAAAUGAGGUACUACAGGGGUGAGCUGGAAGGUCUGAUGCGAGCACAGCAGUGCGGACCGCAGCCCGAGUUCAGGAACGACUCCUUCAGUUCGGAGCAGUCGUCCUCGAUGGACUGCGGCCCGAGAGCGGCCAGCGCCGUCAAGAAGCACAGGCGGAGCGGUCCGGUCAAAAAGGUCGGCGAGCUGUCCCCCAGGGCGACCCACGCAGUCGUCCAGCCCCAGCGUUCCUUCUCCAGUUCGGAGGACGAGAUGCGAUCCACCCCCGAAUGUACCAGCUGUGAGGAACAUGAAAACGAAAAAGUGGUGACAGAGAGGAGAGAGGGGCCCAGUAUACUUGUGGAAAGGAGAAGAAAGAAGACCGUUAGAUUUGAUGGUCACGGUACCAAGGACUCGGGGAUUGAUACGUCGAGUACGUUCACGUCGAGCGAGGACUCCAACUCAGCUCCAAAGCAUCCACUUUCUUGGCAAGUUAGCAAGGACAAUUCGAGUAUAAUAGGUCACAUGAUCCUGAAGAAGAGUAUGAGGGAUAGCGCUGGACAUUCAUCUAGUGCUGCCAUCCUCGGUUUAAAAGUUGUCGGGGGAAAACUGUUAGAAAACGGCGGACGAGGGGCGCUUAUAGAAAAAGUUAAAAAAGGGAGCACUGCGGAUAUCGAAGGCCAGCUAAGGCCUGGAGACGAAGUCCUCGAGUGGAACGGGAGAUCGCUUAAAGGGAAAAGCUUCCAAGAAGUUUACGAUAUAAUCGCUGAAAGCAAGCAAGAGCCGCAAGUGGAAUUGAUAGUGUCGAGAGCGUUGGGGGUCCGACACCCUCGCCUUCCUUACAUCCACCCGUCAAAGGAUGUUUACGACGUGAGGAAGGACAAACCGAGUGUUCUGGUUACGUCCCCCGGCUCCCCUGACCUCCAUGGUCAACACAACACCCGGCUGAGAAGCCAUCACAGGAUGAACACUGCGGCAAACGUGAACGUCGGAGGCCGGAUACAGGUGAAACUGUACUUCGACUCUGCGGCGUUGCAGCUGCUGGUCACGCUGGUCUGUGCCGCAGGACUAAUGCCCCGUAGCAACGGCACGCCCAGGAAUCCGUACGCCAAGCUCUUCCUCCUUCCAGACCGAAGCGAAAAGUCGAAGAGGAGAACGAAGACACUGGCCAACACUAACGAUCCUAAGUGGAACCAGAACUUUGUUUAUACUUCGCUGAGAAAAGCGGACUUGAAACUGAGGAUAGUGGAAAUCACUGUCUGGGAUUAUGUUAGAUAUGGUGCUAAUGCUUUUCUGGGAGAGGUGCUUAUUGAGCUAAGCGUCGCUCUCCUUGGUAAUGAACCAGAAUGGUUUCAUCUAAGCGCGCAUGAGGACAUCAUGCAUCCCGGCAUGGAGAUUGAAAGGGAUUUGGACCUUGCCUUAACUCCGACAGAUCAUCUUUCGCCUAGUACGACGUCCCGCCAUUCCGAUUCGGAUCCAAGCGACCUCGACGACUCGAGGGAACGGAGGGUCGCCGAUGGUGCUUCCAUUUCAUCCGUCGGCAGCUCAAAUAGAUGUCUUUACAGUCCACCUCCUGACAUAGAAAUGACCGAAAAAAGGAAAUCGCGUAGGGACAUGUCUCCACAGGGAAGAAAAGGCCUUAUAAUGCCUUUUCGAGAACCGAUUAUUGACCCUCAUCGAAAGGUAACGAUAAACCAGAGGUCUCAUUCUGCAGCGCCGACUGAUUCGCCCAGUAUUCUCAACCGCUCGAGGUCGAAAAGCCCUCAUCGAAGCCUUUCUCCCCCUCCAGAAUACAGGGUGCAAAGCGGUGUGGUUCUGCCCUCUCAUGCUUAUGUGCCGAGGUUCACGUCUCGCUCAGCGACCGCCACUCCGAUAACAUCGCCCAAAAAGAGGCAACUGCCACAAAUUCCACCUCACCUCACCAGCCAUAGUCCACAUCACGUGUACGCAGAAAGGGCUCCCGCACACGUACGUUCACCGGAGCUGGACGAAAGGACCCAAUACUUGAAGCAGAGGAUCAGACAGCCGCACCAACACCAGCAGCCGCAGCAGCGCGGAAAGGGCUGGAACAGGCACCACAUGACCGGCCUUUCGGAUAGCGACUUGACCCAGAAUGAACCUCGUCGCAGGUCGCCGCCCGACAAAGAGCCCGGCGACCCUUGCGACAGCGACAUGGAGAGUGUGGCUAGCAUAACAAGCAGUGCCUUUUCAACACAGAGCGAGAGGCCGAGAGGCUCAAGAGGAUUCAGUGAUUACGGCGGACCAACACUACCUCAUAACGUGGGUGAACCUCAGACGAAGAGGGCGCCUUUUUCUCGAAGUUUAUCCAACGCGGACGUCCCGGCUGAAGAAAGAGGAGCGAAUGAAUCGACGGAAUACUCUGCUGUUCCAGAUGGAAGCCUGAGUGACACCGCCUUGGGUAGGCAGCACAUAAGCGGCUCAAGGAGAAAAGCCCCUCCAGGGGGCAGCGCGUCCGCGGCACUUAAGUCGAGUGCAGGAAUGGGUAAAAAAAGUAGUUCAACGUCCCAACUCUCCGCAACUGGUCGGAAACGUAGGUUAGGUUUUGGAACAAAGGGUAAAUCGUCGUUCACCGUUCACCGAAGUGAGGAAGUUCUGCCGGACGACAUCAGGCACCUAGUGAAACAAGGCUCUUCUGUCUCGAGUGACGGAGAAGGUUCCCAAGAAGGAGACAGUUGGGCUCCUUCGAUAAAGGGGGCGGACGGUGGACAGCUCAGCGAUUUCAUAGACGGCCUCGGACCUGGACAACUGGUCGGAAGGCAGGUGUUGGGCGCACCUUCACUUGGUGAUAUUCAGCUCUCCAUGAGGUACCAGAAGGGCUACCUCGAGGUCGAGGUGAUCCGAGCCCGGUCCCUUCAGGCUAAAGCCAACUGCAAAGUCCUCCCAGCUCCUUACGUCAAAGUGUACCUCGUUAAUGGGAAGAAGUGCCUUGCCAAAGCGAAAACAGCCACGGCCCGUCGGACUUUAGACCCGCUCUACCAACAACAGCUUACUUUCCAAGGUCCUUUUCACAACUGUAUACUUCAGGUUACAGUUUGGGGUGAUUACGGUCGUAUAGAGGGGAAAAAAGUGUUUAUGGGUGUUGCUCAGAUCAUGCUCGAUGAUCUUAAUUUACAAGACAUUGUCAUCGGGUGGUACAAACUGUUUGGGACGUCUUCAUUGGUCAGUGGCCCACCAUCCCUUGGUCUUUCUCGACGCACUUCAGUAGCUAGUCUUGAUUCCCUCAAACUAUCAUAGUUAAUACCAUUUAGUCAUAAAGAUCGCUUCAGCCCAGGCUCCAAAGAAGCGCACCGCCGUCACGUUAAACGUGUCUUACUCGAGUCGAGCGAAUUGACCAUUUUUAUACACUUUUUUUUUUUUUAAUUGAGAACAUUGAGUUUCAUUUGAAAAAUACUGCAUGAAGCAAUUGGAAUAACAAUUUAAGUAAUUAGUAUUAGUUCGAAUAGCAACCGACCAAAUCGAACUCUAAUAUGUCACAUAUUCCACUCGGUUUUCCUUUUAUUUCCAUUCUUUUUUUUUCGACUUGCAGACGUCGAAUAAAUAAUUGAUAAAGGCCGGCCCCGAGUAAAUAAUUCAUAACAGGGACUUAGUUAGAAAGCUCACGCCCACAAAUAGGCUUCGUACAAAUAUCGUAGUGAGUUUCAUUGUCCUGUAGGCAAACGCAUAAACGCCGGAAUGUGAACGUACAGUGCUGUGGUUCGUACACGUCUGGACGGAGUGUCACAGUGAUACACGCUCGACGAUAUCGCAUUUGCGUUCAUGCCGUACACGUUGUGUUUUGUUUCACCGUACCCGUACCUUUGGCCGAAGGGGAGGGUUUUUAUCAAAUUCCAAAAAUUCGCUCCCGAAACGUUAUAUACCGAAAACACAUUAGGUGAAUGUCUUUGAUACCUAUGUCUUAAUUACCAAAGUAGUUAUAUUAUGUAUAUUGUUUAUUCUGUUGUAAAACAUUCACCAAUAGGGUCAUAUUUUUAUGAUUCUUAGGUUUUUAUAAAAAUGCAUUCAUAAAGUAAAAAAUAUCUUAAUAUCAUAACAACAAUAAGUGACUCUGAUGUAUGUGAUUAGACCGUUUCGUCGUAGAAGCGAGUCAUAUCGGAAUGACACUGAAAAGUAAAUAAAUUAGUGUAAAUAGAGACAAACUAAUGUGAUAUAAGGUAAAAAUGAUCUUGCGUUUCUUAUUGUUACAAAUAUAUUUUGUAUUAGUGUUAAAUUAAAUACGCCAUCUAUUGUUAUAUUAUAAAAAUGACUAUACCUUUUUUACAUAAAAUUUAAGAUAAGUUUUUCGUUACCGAAUAAACUACAUACCCUUUUUAAAUAUUCAGGGAAUAGUGUUUCUUAUAAAAUAAAAUUUUAAAAAAAUGUUUAAAAAUGACAAAAAUACUUUUUAAAAAGAAUAAUUUACGAGACAUGUAGAUUAUCUUUGUUAUUAAGUAAUCAAUAAUCACAUGCAACAAGAGUUACCAUUUUCUUUACCUCUAUUUUGUGCAUCCUGGGGAAGAUUAAAUUGUCUAUUUUCAGUAUACAAAUAUUAGUUGUCUAUUUUCCCAGACUAAAAGGCAAAAAGGAACCUGUAUUUAUUAUUGUAUAAAGUCUACCGUGUUUCUCGAUGUCCUUACCGCCCGGGGGGAAGGUUUUGUUUUCCCCAAUUGCUUUAUAUUUACGACAAAAUUUUAAUAUGACUUACCUCGGCUCUGUGUGUUUAUGAUAUUGGGCGUUUGAGCUGCUGUUUGAAAGUACGGACAUUAGGCAAUAACAUAAACAGAAGUAUAUUUUUUAUUCAGGUAAUUAAAUCGGAAAGUGAAAGAGGAACUCAAAUUCCCCAAGACGGGAACCACCGCUGUUAAAGGAAACCGAUUCCUGCGAGAGUACGAAUUUGUAAAUGUUAUAAUUUGUUGUAUGUGACUUGCACAUGACCAAUUUAAGGGAGGAUCAUAAAGCCUUUUAUAUCAGAACAUGGUUUAAUGGCAAGAUAUAGCUUAACAGAAAUUAUAUAUGUAUGUAUGUAUGUAUGUAUGUGUGUGUGUCUAUAUAUACAUAAAUA